AUGGAGGCGCCGCUGUCGCCGCUGGAGUCGGCGCGGUUCAUCGCGGAGCGCAGCGCGGAUGUGUCAGUGGAGGAGGAGGGCGCGAGGCGCCUGGCCGAGGCGCUCUUCGACAAGGCGUCGGCGGAGGAGUUCGGCGUGGCUGGCUGGAAGCGGCUGCACGAGCUGAACCCGCAGGCGGCCAGCGAGGAGGCAGUGAACUGGGUGUUCCUGGUGGACGCGCUCAACUUUUCCUUCUGGGCCGAGCGCGACGACCGCAAGUGCCUCAUCAAGUACAAGGGCAGGAGCUACAGCGGCUACUGGGCCCUGUGUGCCGCCGUCAACCGCGCGCUCGACGACGGAAUACCCAUUACCAGUGCCUCUUACUUCGCCACCAUGACGCUCGAGCAGGUCAGGCACGUGUUUCGCUCCGACUCGGAAGUCCCUAUGCCUUUGGUUGAGGAGAGGCACCGGGUGCUGAAUGAAAGUGGAACGGUUCUGCUGGAGAAGUUCGGAGGAUCUUUCCUGACCUGUGUUAAAAUGAGUGAAAAAAGUGCUCAGAAGCUACUACGCUUAGUAGUGGAAAAUUUCCCUUCUUACAGAGAUGAAGCUGUAUUUGAGAAUAAAAAAGUGGCCUUCUACAAACGAGCACAAAUACUUGUGGCAGAUACCUGGAGUGUGUUAGAUGGCAAAGGAGAUGGCUGCUUUGGUGACAUUUCUAGUCUGACUAUAUUUGCUGACUACAGGAUCCCUCAAGUUCUCGUCCACUUAAAAGCAAUGAAAUACUCUGAAGAGCUCAUGAAGAAACUCCGCGAAGGAACAAUUUUCCAGUCUGGAGACAGACAGGAGGUGGAGAUCCGUGGUUGCUCUAUCUGGUGCUGUGCAUUGAUUUGUAAACAUUUGCUGGAGCUCUAUGAGAAGAAGGGCCAGGAUAUGCGUGGAAAGAUCAAUGCGGUUUUACUUGACUACUAUCUUUGGGACUAUGCCAGGGAUCACCGGGAAGACAUGAAAGAUAUUCCGUUUCAUAGAGUGCGGUGUAUAUAUUAUUAAGGCCAGUCUCCUGGCAGUUUGUAUUGGUGUAUUAUUAUGUAUUAUUCAUAUCAUGCUGUCAAACACCAAUUUGGAACUUGCUACUUGCUUUCUGCUAAUGCAUUUAAUAACUCUUGAUAAUUUUUUUCUUGCUCUGGAUCUUUCAAUAGCCAUGACUGGAAUUAAUAAGGGAAAACUUGUAUGGACAAGCUGCAACUACUGUGGAUUAUUGC